AUGACGUCUCUGCGCAAGUCCCUAGAGGAGAUUCACCUCUUGAGAUACUCUUUGCUUCCCGGGGAACUGCUCGAAUUCACGGAUCAAGCAGCACUCUGGAAUGAGCUCCUGGACGCGUACGCUCUCGAUCCUGACUGCGAGAUUGGCUGCGAGCCUCAAGGCGCGCACUUCCGAGUGAAGCUGGAGGCCUCCUCGGACGUCUGGUUCGACGUCGAAUUACCCACGGACUACUGGACAGCAGAGGGCAAAGGGCAGCCUAGGCUCUCGGCGCAAGGCGAUAACCUCGGUCGCGCGCAGCAGGAACGAUGGCAGGAGAUCGUCGCGGACGCAGCCACUACUGUGCGGGUACAGGACAGCGAGUACCCCUUGUAUGAGAUGAUAUCAUCCCAUCUCCUGCCCCAAUUGCACAUCGACCUGGAGGAGCAAGCCAACGCCACCGCGGCGAAGGCCACGGAGGCGUCAGCGUCUUCCGGAGGACCCUCACCCUCGCCCCGCUACCAUGCGCUCUUCGUCUCUCACCACCUGAAGUCGCCGCAAAAACGCCGCGCCCUCUCACAGUGGAGUCACGAAUUAUCCCUUGUGGGCUUUGCGAAAGUCGGAUACCCCGGAGUGAUCUACUGCGAAGGGGCACAGGAGGACGUCGAAGACUUUGUCGAGCGUGUCAAGAGCAUGCAGUGGCUUGCGCUCAGGCUGCGGUUCAUUGAGUCAGCCCCACCAACGGAUGAAUCGCAGAAGCAGGACAGCCAUCAUGGUAGAUGGUCAGAGUUUGAAAAAGUGGGAGAGGUGGUGGAGGAGAUGCGGAGACUUGGCAGAGAACAGUUCGUUGUGGAGAUGGGCCUGGGCAGUGCAGGAAACGCAAGACCCAGCAAGUAA